ACUGUACCCAAGAGGUAGAACGAUCGGAAUGAAUUAACCAGAUGAUAGCGUGAGAAUAUAUGAAUUAUGAUUUGUUUGCAUCAGAGGUUACCAUGAUUGAACUAGGAGCAAGAUUAACAGUUUUAUUCUGUAUUGAACAACUGUACUGACUGUAGAUAUGUACUGAAUAUACAGAUAUUGGGGAUAAUACGGCACUAAGGAUAAAGAUACUGAUGUUAAUACCACUGUAAUGCAUUGUUUAAUCAAACACAGUGAUGGUAUUCCGAAUGUUAAUGAUGAGAUUCAAACGCAGGUUCUCGUCAGCCUUGCUGUUCGGACUCGUUGCUGUUAUUUCACUACUGAUACUUCUUACAUUUUGCCAUACACCUUGUGAGGUAGGAGAGGAAAGGGAGAUCAACACUAGUGAAUUAUCAAACAACAAUGUAGAGUUGAUGUUUGCCACAAAUUUACUUAUUGUUGUUAUGUCAGCUCCAACACACUUUGAUGUUAGGAAUGUAAUAAGAGAAACGUGGGCCAACACCUUGCCAAAUGGUGCAUCAGUGAGAUUUGUGGUUGGUCGUAAAAACCUCCCUGAGCAGACCUUAGAAAAUGUAAAACAGGAGAAUAAGGUUAAUAGGGAUUUAUUAUUGCUAGAUGAUAUUGAAGAGUCAUAUAGUAGUUUGACUAAGAAAUUAUUGUCAACAUUAAAAUGGGUUGAUAAACAUGUGAAAUAUAACUUUCUAAUGAAGGUUGAUGAAGAUUCAUUUGUACGAGUAGAAAACAUUUUAGAAGAACUGCUGGCGAAACCGCAAGAGAAACUGUAUUGGGGUUUCUUUGAUGGUCGUGCCCCAUGUUAAAAGAUCUGGAAAAUGGUCGGAGAAAAGAUUUUGUUCUAUGUGACCGUUACCUGCCAUACGCUCUAGGAGGAGGAUAUGUGAUCUCAAAAGAUUUAGUAACUUAUGUAGCGAAAAAUGCAGAUAUAUUAAAACAGCUCAAAUAACGAAGAUGUGUCCCUCGGUACUUGUUAGGACCUCUUGAUAUAAACAGAAUUCAUGAUGUGAACUUUGACACUGAAUAUAAAUCUCGUGGAUGCUACAACUCGUAUCUUGUCACUCAUAAAAAAUCUGCGGAUGAGCUACAGGAACUGCAGAAAAACUUAGGAAUGCUUGGGAGAUUGUGUGCCAAAGAGAAUAGAGUCAGACUUUCAUAUAAUUAUAACUGGAAUGAUCUUCCUACAAAAUGUUGUGAGAGAACAGAUCCCGCAAUACCAUAGAACAAUAAAAGCUAUGCUAAAGUAUCGAACAAUAAAAGCCAUGCUAGAGUAUAUUACAAUAAAAGCCAUGCUACAGUAUAUUACAAUAAAAGCCAUGAUUAAGUAUAAAACAAUAAAAGCCAUGCUUAGGUAUAUUACAAUAAAAGCCAUGCUAAAGUAUAAAACAAUAAAAGCCAUGCUAAAGUAACAAUAAAAGCCAUAAAAGUAUUGGACAAUACAUGUUAUCCUUAAAUAUUAAGCCAAUCAAGGAGUGCCAUAGAAUUAGACAAGCUAAAUUAUAAAGUCA